AUGGCAGAAGAAACGGUAUUCAAUGGAACCAUGUUCACCCUGAUGGAUGAUCUAGACUUUGCCGAUGACAUUGCCUUGCUGUACGACAACCACAAACAAAUGCAGGACAAACUAGAGCAGGUUGAAAAGAGAGCAGGAGAAACAGGCCUUUCCAUCAAUAAUAACAAGAUCAAAGUGUUAAAGUCAAACACAAAGGUCUUAGUAAGUCUGAUGGUUAAAACCCAAGCAUUAGAAAAAGUGGAAUCCUUUACUUACCCUGGAAGCGUAGUGGAUAAUCUUGGCGGCUCAGAUAAAGAUGUAAAGGUCUUCAUCAACAACUGCAUUAGGCGCAUCCUUAAUAUCAGAUGGCAUGAGAAGAUAUCAAAUAGAGAUCUUUGA